AUGGGACUGUCAACAUUCGUCUCAGCGUCCCUGUUGACGCUCCAACUCUUCUCUUCGCCCUCGCUUGCGGCACCAUCAACUGGCUCCAAUGUUCGGGCCAACUCUACCGACCCUGCCACAGACGGAAGCUGGUGGAUGGCAGGCAUAACGCGACAGGGCAAGGCGCCUUUUGCCGCCGACGAUUACAAAGUCUUUCGCAACGUCAAGGUGUUUGGCGCCAAGGGUGAUGGAAGCACCGAUGAUACCGACGCCAUCAAUAAAGCCAUCUCUGCCGGGAAUCGCUGUGGUAAGGGGUGCGAUUCUAGCACCACAACUCCCGCCCUCGUCUAUUUUCCUCCCGGUACCUAUGUUGUGUCAAAGCCCAUCAUCCAAUAUUACUAUACCCAGCUUGUUGGUGAUGCUGUUAGCGUGCCUACUCUCAAGGCCAGGGCCGACUUUGAGGGAAUUGCCGUUAUCGACUCGAAUCCUUAUAACAGCGAUGGCACCAAUUGGCAUACCAAUCAAAACAACUUCUUUCGUCAAAUUCGAAACUUCGUGAUUGAUCUUACUGGUCUUCCCCAAGAGACUGGUACGGGUAUCCAUUGGCAAGUUGCUCAGGCCACGUCGUUGCAAAACAUUGUGUUCAACAUGGUUCAGAACAAGACAUCCAAGAACAAGCAGCAAGGUAUCUUUAUGGAAAAUGGAUCUGGCGGUUUCAUGAGCGACUUGACUUUCAACGGCGGUGGUCUUGGCGCUUUUUUGGGCAACCAGCAAUUCACCACUCGCAACCUCAAGUUUAACAACUGCCAAACUGCCAUCUUCAUGAAUUGGAACUGGGUCUGGACUUUGCACGGCAUCUCUAUCGACAGUUGCGACGUCGGUAUCAACAUGGCCAACGGAGGUAGCGUCCAGACUGUCGGUUCCGUUCUUCUUACUGACAGCACCAUCUCCAACACUCGUGUCGGUAUUAUCACCGCCUAUGAACCUACCCAAUCAGGCACCAACGGUACUCUUGUCCUGGACAAUGUUGACACGACCAAAGGUGUCCCUUUUGCCGUCCAGAAUGACAGGAACCAGACAAUUCUUGCUGGCAAUGCUCUCAUCCAAUCCUGGGCGCAGGGCCGAUCAUAUGUUGGCGCAACUGGCAAGGCCGGACAGGAUGCGAGAGCUCCUGUUCCUAAGCCUGCUGCUCUUACCGACAGCACCAGCAAAAUUGUCACAAAAAGCAAGCCUCAGUAUGAGACCGUUUCAGCGUCCAAGUUCAUUUCUGUAAAGUCACAAGGCGCCAUAGGUGAUGGAAAGACGGAUGAUACCGCCGCCUUCCAGAAAGUCUUCAAGAACGUUCGCCGGGGCGAGAUUGUUUACAUCGACCAUGGCGUCUACGUCAUUACAGACACCGUCAAGGUGCCCAGGGACUGCAAGAUUGUUGGUGAGGCUUGGCCUCUAAUUCUCGCUGGUGGCUGCAAGAACUUCGCCGAUGAGUCAAAGCCCAAGCCUGUGUUCCAGGUCGGUCAACCCGGUGAGACUGGCAACGUCGAAAUGCAGGACCUCGUGUUUGCGACCAAGGGUCCCCAGCCUGGCGCUAUUCUUAUGGAGGUCAAUGUUGCUGGUGAAAGUCAGGGAUCUGUCGGUUUCUGGGAUGUACACUUCCGGGUUGCAGGCGCCACUGGCACUAAGCUCCAGUCCGACAAGUGCAGCAAAAAGCCCGAAACAGAGGCUCCUCCCAACCCCCAGUGUGUUGGCUCCUUCAUGUUAGUCCACGUUACUCCGAGUGCCAGUGCCUACUUCGAGAACACUUGGUUCUGGGUCGCCGAUCAUGAACUUGACCUGCCAGACCACAACCAAAUCAACAUUUACAAUGGUCGCGGCGUCCUCAUCGAGAGCACCAAGGGACUCUGGCUGUGGGGAACGGCUUCUGAGCACAACCAGCUUUAUAACUACCAGCUCACCAACGCUGAGAAUGUUUACAUGUCACUCAUUCAAACGGAGACGGCAUAUAUGCAGGGCAACCCAGAUGCCCGCGUCCCAUUCAAGGUCAACAGCCAGUUCUCUGACCCCGACUUCUCCACGUGCACCGGUCCUAGGUGUGCCCGCACAUGGGGUCUCCGAGCUCAGAACUCUACGAACACCUUUGUGUAUGGCGGCGGCUUGUACAGCUUCUACGAUAACUACGCCCAGAAAUGUGUGGCCGCCAACAACUGCCAAGACAACAUGAUCUCUCUUGAGAAUUCCGAGGUGCACAUGUUCGGCAUCAGCACCAAGGCUAGUAUCUCUAUGGUGACUUUGAAUGGCCAAGCAGCGAUCAAAGACUCUGACAACCGCAAUAACUUUUGCGCCGCGAUUGCUGCUUUUGAGUCAUCGUAG